AUGUUUUGUUCCGGGUUGAGAUUCACUACAGCAACUGACAGUUCCCAGAUGGCUUCAGGCGCAGAUGUAAAUGUAAGUCUACAGCCGCUCCUAGCCGAAGAGUUGUGCUUGAGGGUGAGCACAAAUCAGGAGAAUAGUCUUGUUAGAGGGAGAGCACACAAAGUUCAACAAGGCGGCUCUAGCUUUGAGUGGGGGUGGCAACAAGGGCCUCAGGGGGUGGCGACCGUCGGACAGUACUAUGUCAAACUACCACAGUCAGAGCAAAGGGUGAACUAUGCAGCCGACGCCAACGGGUAUCAUGGAGCAUUAGCUGUUAACACCAGCGAUCAUCAGCACACGCAUUCGGCAACAUUCACAAGAGCGUGGGAAGUCAACAAAUUACAGGUGAUUGAAAAAACUAUUACGUAA